UAUCGGUACAUGAUUGAUGCAUAUCAAAAAAGACAUUGUCCAAGUGUGCUAUACGGCAUUGUCAUUGUAGGCUUUCGAAUGUACCUGUACGUCCCGAUGAUUCAUGUCGAGUCGGGAUUUGCCCCAAAUUAUCCAGCCAACAGUGCAACCGAGCCUUGGAUGGGAAUUCGCAAAUUGGUCGACGACGAAGUUGCGCCCGAAGUCACUUACGUGGCCGCGUGCAACUCGCUCUCUCAACAGCAGUGUGGGUGUGGCCCAACAAGAUGCCGACAUGGAGAGACCCCAAUGUAUUCGGUGUCGCAUCUUACCUACCAGGUCUUACACUGACUUCACUGGGCACCACGAAAUCGAGAGCCCAAUACAACUUCGUUCAGCCGAUCGGGUUGGGGAAACUCUCCCGUACAUCUCGUUCUUCGAUUCCCCUGCCUCAAGCAACUUGUGCAGCAAUCAUCGAGUUGGCGGAACACCACGUCUCCCCGCGGCCGGGCAGUGCCCAACAGAUGUCCGCCCCCAGCCGGGCCAAACACGGCCUUUCAGGGGAUUCGAUCCAUUCCUGCCGCUCAUUCAGGUGGAAUGUUGGGAACUCCGCUGCAACUCGUCGGAAUACCAUCCUCUCCGAGUCUUCUCAUGCCUCCAUUGGAAUCCCUUGAAUCACCAGUAGUAGACAUAUUUUCUGGUUGGAUAAUACCCCGUGGCGGAUUUGAUCCUAAGGACAGGGCGUAAAGGCAAUAGCUUUCCAUAGAUAUCCGAAGGUCUAGACUCUGAGUGUUUAGAUAGGAAGCAGGUAAAAUCAAGUGGAAGUAUAUACAUAGUAGUUUCCUAGAAAGAAUAGGUUAUUUUUCACACAUUGAUCAUGGGCGGGGACACAUCAAAAACAUAACAGGUACACAAUAUACAUCAGAGCACGCAUCCGAGGGAUCAGAGUGAUAUAGACAUAACCAAAGAGCACAACAUAUUUUGGAUCACUACGAUCGAUCUCACA